AUGUUAAUCCAAAAGAUACUGUUAAACAAAGAAAUCUCGAGACUACCGAGAAUCCUCAGUAUAUUAAACUAUACAGGGCUGAGAUGGCUGUCCGGUUCAUCUGGGAGAAAUACUACAGAGCUCCAACGAAUAUUCGAUGACUCAAAAUAUUGGCAAUCCCUAAGCGAAAAUACUACUCAAUAUACAAAAGAAACAGGUUUAUUCAAGAAUCCGUAUCUGACUUCUACUGAUGGUUUGAGACAGUUCAGUCACGAUUCUUUGCAUAAAGCCCACAAACUUGCUGAGAUUCUAAGAAAUAGCGUCAGUAAGGAAGAGAAAGUACAUUAUAUUAUGAAUUUGGAUCAAUUAAGUGAUACAUUGUGCCGUGUUAUUGAUUUGUGUGAGUUCUUAAGAUCUGCCCAUCCUGAUCAAAGCUAUGUGGAAGCAGCUCAGAUGUGUCACGAGGAGAUGUUUGAAUUUAUGAAUGUUCUGAAUACAGAUGUUGUCCUUUGUAAUAAAUUGAAGGAAGUCCUUGAAGACCCCGAGAUAUUGAAAGUUUUAUCUGAGGAAGAAAGGAAAGUUGGUGAAAUUCUUCUAGAUGAUUUCGAAAAGUCUGGUAUAUAUAUGAAAGCUGGUAUUAGAGAGCAAUUUAUCGAGCUUUCUCAACAGAUCAGUGUUAUUGGGCAAGAGUUUAUAAAUAACACCGAUUAUGUGGCUAAAGAGUUUAUUAAAGUUAAAAGAGAUGAAAUGGACAAGAGUGGUAUUAGUCCUCUACUGACUGCAAGAUUGAAUAGAGAUUUAACGGGAAAAUACUAUAAGAUCCCAACAUAUGGUCAAAUACCAUUACAGAUUUUAAAAUCUUGUCCUGAUGAAGACAUCAGAAAAGAAGUUUGGGCAGCCUUACAUAAUUGCCCUAAAGCUCAAAUUCAACGUUUGAACCAAUUAGUGAGAUUAAGAGUAAUAUUAUCGAAUUUAUUGGGGAAGCAGAGCUAUUCGGAUUACCAGUUGGACAAUAAAAUGGCUGGUUCACCAGAAAAUGUAAAGGGUUUUAUCAAAACUUUAAUGAAUGUCACUAAGCCUUUGGCUGCAAGAGAGCUGGAGUUUAUUGCAAGAGAUAAGUUGAAUGCACCUGAUUCAAGGCAUAUGUCAGAUAAUGAAAUCUUGUCAAUUGUUAAACCAUGGGACAAAAAUUAUUUUUCAUCCAAGUAUGAUUCCGAUAAUGAGAUGGCUAUGAUACGUGAUGAACAACUGCGCUAUUAUUUCUCAUUAGGGAAUGUAAUCAACGGUCUCUCUGAAUUGUUUAAGAGGAUAUAUGGUAUCACCUUACAACCAUCAAGAACUGAAAACGGGGAAACAUGGUCACCAGAUGUUCGUAGACUCGAUGUCAUAAGCGAGGAAGAGGGAUUGGUUGGUGUUAUUUAUUGUGAUCUGUUUGAACGCGUUGGAAAGAUAUCAAAUCCUGCUCAUUUCACGGUAUGCUGUUCAAGACAAGUGUACCCGGAUGAAAAUGACUUUACGACCAUACAGACAGGGCAAAAUUCCGAUGGUACUGUAUUUCAGCUACCUGUGAUUUCAUUAGUAUGCAACUUUAGUACAGUCGCUUUGCCAAAUGGUAAUAGAACAUGUUUUCUACAUAUGAAUGAAAUUGAGACACUAUUUCAUGAAAUGGGGCAUGCUAUGCAUUCAAUGCUUGGUAGAACAAGGUUGCAAAAUAUUAGUGGGACACGUUGCGCUACAGAUUUUGUUGAAUUGCCUAGCAUAUUGAUGGAGCACUUUGCUCGUGAUAUCAGAGUUCUAAGAACCAUUGGAAGUCAUUACGAAACAUCAGAACCUGCUCCGGAGGCAUUAUUGAACGACUAUCUUGAUAAAACUCAAUUUUUGCAACACUGUGAAACAUAUUCACAAGCCAAGAUGGCUAUGCUUGAUCAAAAAUUGCACGGUUCUUUUUCUCUUUCAGAUAUUGAACGCAUUGAUAGUGCAAAGAUUUAUCAGAAACUAGAAACGAGACUACAAGUUCUUGCUGAUGAUGAGAGCAACUGGUGUGGUCGCUUUGGUCACUUGUUUGGAUAUGGUGCGACUUACUAUAGUUAUUUAUUUGAUAGAGCCAUAGCCUCAAAAGUUUGGGACAGUCUUUUUAAAGACGAUCCAUUCAACAGAACUGGAGGUGAGAAAUUCAAAGAAAGGGUAUUAAAAUGGGGUGGACUGAAAAACCCUUGGAGUUGUAUUGCAGAUGUACUUGAAAAGCCUGAUUUAGCCAAAGGUGGCGCUGAGGCUAUGACAUAUAUUGGUGACUCUGAAGAUUUAUAG